UGUCCGCAGUCUCUGGUCAUCUCCUGUACUGUGUCCGCAGUCUCUGGUCAUCUCCUGUACUAUGUCUGUAGUCUCUGGUCAUCUCCUGUACUGUGUCCGCAGUCUCUGGUCAUCUCCUGUACUGUGUCCGCAGUCUCUGGUCAUCUCCUGUACUGUGUCCGCAGUCUCUGGUCAUCUCCUGUACUGUAUCCGCAGUCUCUGGCCAUCUCCUGUAAUAUGUCUGCAGUCUCUGGUCAUCUCCUGUACUGUGUCCGCAGUCUCUGGUCAUCUCCUGUACUGUGUCCGCAGUCUCUGGUUAUCUCCUGUACUGUGUCCGCAGUCUCUGGUUAUCUCCUGUACUGUGUCCGCAGUCUCUGGCCAUCUCCUGUACUGUGUCCGCAGUCUCUGGACAUCUCCUGUAGUAUGUCUGCAGACUCUGAUCAUCUCCUGUACUAUGUCUGUAGUCCCUGGUCAUCUCCUGUACUAUGUCUGUAGUCCCUGAUCAUCUCCUGUA